AUGGAAAAUGAAGAUCUUGUUUUUCUGUCAGAGUAUUUAGGAAUUCACUUAGAAGAAUUAAAAAAAAUUGAUGUUCCUCAAAAAAGUAUUAUUAUUACUUCAUUUAUUGAUUAUUGUUCAUCGCAGACGGACACCUCGGAAAACACCGAACUCUUUGUUGGAAAUGAUACAGUGGAUCAAUAUCAUUAUGAAAUCCACAGCGUUGAAUAUAUUUGCCAAGAUUGUGGUGAAUCUUUUAACUCUCCAGAUCUACAUAGACAGCACGAAUUGUCUACUCACUUAAACAUUGAAGUCAAGACUGAAUUCGACGUUACAUAUGACGACUGCAAUCUAGAAAUUAAAGAGGAAAUUGAUUGUAAAUAUUUACUUCCCGAAGAAGGUUGUACGGAGAAAAAUACAGCCAAGUGUUUACUUGACAGCUACAAAUUUUCAGAAGAAAAUACUGUUGGAUCUUACAAAGAAGGUGAUCAAUAUCAAUGUGAUAUGUGUCAUUACACCUCCAGCAUUCUCGAGAAAUUUAACAAACACCUCCUCAAGCACAAGAACAAAUUAACUCUUAGUAAUAAAUUGGACCAGAAAAUUAAUAAAGCUACCAAGUUAAAAGUAAAAGUAAAUAAUUUCAAUAAAAAUGAAUUUUUUUAUUGUUACUUCUGCCAAUAUAAGACGCCAAAGCCAAUUCGACUUAGAAAUCACGAAAAAUUUCAUUUAAAACCUAAAGUAGUUAUUUGUGAUCAUUGUGGGAGAUGGUUCAAGUCAAAAAUAUCUCUUGAAAAACACUUAACACUCUAUCACAAUUUAGAGUCUCAAUGUGAUAUUUGUCAACAAAAGUUCGUCGAUGAAAAUGAUUUGCGACUUCACUUGAAAUGUCAUCGAAGAGGAAAAUUUUAUCAUUGUGAUUUAUGUCAAUACAAAGCUUUACGCUUACUUAUGGUUAAAGAUCAUAAAAGCAAGCACAUGAGACCUGAAUGUUAUGUUUGUGAUCAUUGUGGCCGGCCAUUAAAGUCCAAAAUUUCUCUUAAAAAACACUUGAAUCUCUACCACAAACUUCAUCUCUCGAAGCCUCAUCUCUUUACUUGUCUUCAAUGCGGUCAACGUUAUCAAUCGAAGAUAUGUUUAGAAAAACACUCAGACUUAUGUGGAAAAAAAAAUCCGAAAGAAGAAGCUUUGCUGAUACACAUAUAA